ACCUCAGAGACAAUAUGGCAAUGACCACAGAGUUGGGGAAACAGAAACCGUUGAAAGAGGUGGCAGGGAUCCCCCUGCAGGCUGCAUCUGUGGACAACUGGAGUCAAAUCCAAAAAUUUGAGGCCAAGCCAGACGAUCUUCUCAUUUGUACCUACCCUAAAUCAGGGACAACAUGGAUUCAGGAAAUUGUGGACAUGAUCGAACAGAAUGGGGACUUGGAGAAAUGCCAGCGGAUGAUCAUCCAACACCGCCAUCCUUUCAUUGAGUGGGCGCGUCCCCCCCAGCCCUCUGGAGUGGAAAAAGCUAACGCAAUGGCCUCUCCAAGAAUACUAAGGACUCACCUUCCCACUCAGCUGUUGCCUCCAUCUUUCUGGGAAAACAACUGCAAGUUUCUUUAUGUAGCUCGAAAUGCCAAAGACUGUAUGGUUUCUUACUACCAUUUCCAAAGAAUGAAUCAAGUCCUUCCUGAUCCUGGCACCUGGGAAGAAUAUUUUGAAAGCUUCAUCAGUGGAAAAGUGUGUUGGGGUCCCUGGUUUGACCAUGUGAAAGGGUGGUGGAAGAUAAAAGACCAAUACCAGAUUCUCUUCCUCUUCUAUGAAGAUAUUAAGAGGAAUCCAAAGUAUGAAAUUCAGAAAGUGAUGCACUUCAUGGGAAAGAACCUGGAUGAAACUGUACUAGAUAAAAUUGUCCAAGAGACGUCAUUUGAGAAAAUGAAAGAAAAUCCCAUGACAAAUCGUUCUACAGUUCCCAAAUCUAUCAUGGACCAAUCAAUUUCCCCCUUCAUGAGAAAAGGAACUGUGGGAGACUGGAAAGACCACUUCACUGUGGCUCAGAAUGAGAGGUUUGAUCAAAUCUACAUGGAAAAGAUGAAAGGAACCUCAAUAACUUUCUGCAUGGAGCUCUGGACAAAACCAAAUAAAACAGAGAGAAGACAAGAAAGGGGCCGCUCUUGUCAGUCCCUUAGCUGCAGCCAGAAUUUCUGGUCCCACCGUGUGAAAUUAUGA